AUGGAAGCGGCAGGUGCGAUUCUGAUCGCAGUUACGAACGUACCCGAGGCCUGCUACUGGGUUGAGACGUCUAAUGGCAUCUAUGGUCAGACGAAGAAUCCUUACGAUACUCGGAGGUCCGUCGGUGGAAGCAGUGGCGGCGAAGGGGCCCUUAUUAGUGCGGCUGGAAGCGUGAUCGGAAUCGGUAGCGACAUUGGCGGCAGCAUUCGAAUUCCGUCAUUCAUGAACGGUAUCUUUGGAAUGAAAAAUACUCCAGGUAUGAUUACUGCCAGGGUCAGUGAGAAUGUAGCUCUAUUGAAAUCGCUACCCAGCGAAAAUGCUACGAGUAGGGCCGAUUUGUCGCUAUGUGGAGGACAUCCCACUUCUUGUUCAGGUGAUGGGUGGUGA